AUGCCGGGACAAGAAGGCAAAGUUCUGAGACAGGAGAAUCUGGAAAAGGACAAGGCCAUUGAGGAACUGCGCCGCCAGGACACCAACUCCAACCAAGAUCAGGCCCAGCUUGCCCUCCUGUCGCCGCAGAGCUCAGUCAACAGCACGCACGAACGGCACCACGCAGUCUCAACAGCUCGCCUCAUCACGGCACCAGUCUCCCUCUUUGACGCCUACAUCUGCCGACGCAUGGUGGAUUCUCGACCCGAAAUCCGGGCCAAUUCUACCGUAUCGCCACAGGCUGUGCUUCUGUUCAAUGCCACCAGCGUGCCUUCGGUUGGGUAUGACCAUGGCUUCUCCCUGCCCUGGUCUGGACUCCCCCAGGCUCAAGGCGCCGGUUCCAUGGCCCCGUCCGAAUCGACACGCUCUUUUUCUGCCGGCCUCGAUGCGACAUCGCUGGGCCAAGACGUCAACCCCAUGUUUACAUUGCACAACCCAGAUGCCUACAACAUGGCCAACAACACCAUGAGCGUGCCGCAGGCCGGCGUCGACCAGCCAUGGGACGUUUAUCAUCCCGACAAACCUGCUUAUGCCGCCAUCUCACCCGUCUCGGCGCCAGACAAUGCAGUACUGACUGCGCCAACGCCUCCCUUGUCCCCCUCGACCUCUCUGGCUGGCCUCGACGACAUGGCUCCUCCCUCGCCGCCCACCGAGCAUCAACCUGCCUCCCGUGAGCGCCACCGUCUCGCCUCGGCCCGCAACUGGCGCAAACAAAAAUCGGCUGCCGCCGACCUGCAGGCAGCGGGCCAGCGCGUCGAGGCUGAGCACUCGGCCCUGCAGUCGCAGUAUGCCGAGGUAGCCGAGCAGGUGCGCUUCGUCAAGCAUGCUCUCCUCGGCCACGCCGCAUGUCAUGAUCCUGCCAUCAGCAGGUGGUUAGAGAAUGAGGCGCAAAGCGUUGGUAGCCGACAGGCGAGACUUGAAGAACAGGUCGGCCACGGCACGGGGAAGCGUAAUCACGCUGACACUGUUGAGCAAGCUGGUUCGAUGAAGAGCCAGAAGCAGACCAUUUGUGCGUAA